ACACAACGAGCGUGAUUUAUUAUGUCUGAAGGAUAUGUAAACAACCUUGAAAUCUGCCAGGAGCAGGAUCCUUGCAAGCGGCGCCCGGCGGCACGGUUCUGGAGAAUUUGCGAUGAGGUGAUUGAGGAUUCCCGAAAUCCGGCUUGCUGGCGGAUCUGGAUAAAGCGUGGUACGUACCUCUGAGUGGGUGUGCUUCCGAAUUACAAAUACGCACUUCGCAUGCUCAAUGCUGUUAUGCGCCGGCCUGCGCGGGCGCCGUCGAUGGGCGCCUGUGCAUGAGUCAUAACCCAAUGGCCGGGGAAUGGCGUUAGCGGGAAGGCCGAUGACUGAAGUGAGUAGUUACUCAUCGUCGGUCGUCGGUGGAGAGCGGUGGCUCGGUGGAUAGUUGUGGCGUGUUUGAGGUCUAGAUAGUCUAUUUUCGAUGUGUCAGUAAGUGGGAUAUUUUUUCAUUCAAACCAGUGAAUCUGUUCAGGGGACAGUAUGUCUAGCUUGAAUAGCUUAUUCACAUUCACCAGUCCAGCAGUCAAAAAGCUGCUAGGCUGGAAACAAGGCGACGAGGAAGAAAAAUGGGCAGAGAAGGCAGUGGAUGCACUCGUGAAGAAGCUGAAGAAGACGAAAGGAGCUCUUGAGGACCUGGAGAAUGCGCUCAGCUCCCCAGGGCAGCGCACCAAGUGUGUCACCAUCCCGCGGAGCCUGGAUGGGCGACUACAGGUCUCGCACCGCAAGGGCCUGCCGCACGUCAUCUACUGCCGUGUGUGGCGCUGGCCCGAUCUCCAGUCGCACCACGAGCUAAAGCCCGUCGAGGACUGCGCCUACCCAUUUAACGCCAAACAGAAGGACGUCUGCAUCAACCCGUACCACUACCGGCGCGUGGAGAGCCCUGUGCUGCCACCGGUGCUGGUGCCCCGUCACAGCGAGUUCGCGCCGGGACACUCGAUGCUCUCAUUCCCGUCUCCGGGCGGGCCGCUCCAGCAGCAGGCUGAGCCCAUAAUGCCGCACAACGUGAGCUUCAGCGGCCAGGGAUUCAGUCAGCCGGGCUCGCCGCCGCACGGCGCGCCGUCGCCGCUCUCAUCAAUACCGUCGGUGGGCUCGCCCGGCUCGGUGUCGUCCGACCCGCAGUCUCCGUUCAGCCUGCAGGCCGGCACUCCACCGCCCGCCUACAGCCAGGAGGAGCCGCCGCCGCCCGCGCCCUCCACCGCCGGCGCCGACACCUCCAACCGUAUGGACACGAGCACCGGCGGCGGCGCCCUGGUCACCGGCGACGUGCAGCCCAUCACAUUCCAGGAGCCGCAGUGCUGGGCCAGCAUCGCCUACUACGAGCUCAACAACCGCGUGGGAGAGGUGUUCCACGCGUCGGUUCACUCGGUGGUAGUAGACGGAUUCACCGAUCCCAACCACAAGUCGGACCGCUUCUGCCUGGGCCAGCUGUCCAACGUCAACCGCAACUCGACCAUCGAGAGCACCCGCAAACACAUCGGAAAAGGUGUGCACCUGUACUACGUGGGCGGCGAGGUGUACGCCGAGUGUCUCUCGGACUCGGCCAUAUUCGUGCAGUCGCGCAACUGCAACCACCACCACGGCUUCCACCCCUCCACAGUCUGUAAAAUACCGGCCGGCUGCAGUCUCAAGAUCUUCAACAACCAGGAGUUCGCGCAGCUGCUCUCACAGAGCGUCAACCAUGGCUACGAGGCCGUCUUCGAGCUCACCAAAAUGUGCACCAUCAGGAUGUCGUUCGUGAAGGGCUGGGGCGCCGAGUACCACCGUCAGGACGUCACCUCGACACCCUGCUGGAUCGAGAUCCACCUGCACGGCCCGCUUCAGUGGCUGGACAAGGUGCUCACACAAAUGGGAUCGCCGCGCAACGCUAUCUCCAGCGUGUCGUGAGCGCCGGCGGCCGCCGCGCGCACUACGAUCUCAUCCGGCCGCCGACAGAGGGCGACACGUCCGGCGACUCCCCAUGUUUUGUGCCUUUCAUAGUUGGUUUGCUGGCACGCCGGCGCAGCGAUAAUCGAGGCAAUAGCGCUUGUUCGGUGUUUGGUGGAUGAUGGCUGACUGGGCCGGUGCCUGGCUGGGUCGCGAGGAGCCCCCGUGGAGGAGGGGUCGUGAGAUCACCUGUGCCAUUUCAGACUGGUGGGCCAAGCCCCUGGGCCAUAUCACAGCGAGCUGGCGGACGGACAGACGCCAGGCGGGCAGCGCUUAGUGGCCCGCAGACCCGUGCAAAUCGUAGACAAUCAUUGAUCUGGUGCAAAUAGCUAUGUGGACGGUCGGCGCGAUCCCGUCCCGACUCGAGCGUGUAUCGUGCGUGCCUGCUUUUCACCUGACUGUAGUUGUUUUGUAUAUACUCGACUGGCGCGAGCGGAGAUUGCUGCCGAGUAGUGGUUCGGUUAGGAGUCCCGGGGUUACAAUUUUUCACGGCCGCCGCCCCGUGCGCGGUGCCACGCUUCGGUCAGAGAUUGUGUGUCUGUGUGCCAGUGUGCGCCGCGUGACGUCGCCUAGCCGGUGAGAAUAUGCCAUCAGACGGACCUACAAACCGAUUCGCGCAUGGAGAACGACGCGACUGGGGGCUCCGCACGCUACAGCCCGCUGGGAAGCUCGAUUAGUACAUUUUACCCCUCCAGGGAGUUCUAUACGUUUUUACCCAUCUGGGAGACUCGAUUUGUUGCACCCAGCUGGGUAGUUGGGGGUAAAAUGGACACUUGAGCUCGAACUCUUGUGUUGCUUAUCAUGUCGAGACUCGAGUGCCCGGACUCGCCGUUACUCGCUUAGUGCGUGUUUGGGAGCGCGGCUGUAGCUGUGAGGGUGUGCACGCGACUGGCGCCCCUCCCAUCCGACUAUGCUUUGCACCAAUACACUUUUAUACGUCUUU